AAGUUCAGGGGUUUCUAGACAUAUUUGCUAUACUUUAUUUUGGCAGUUGACAAUUUAAGGGUUUAGCUUCUUUAACUAGUGUCCACUUGAUCAUAACGUGACAUAGAUUAAUAUUUCAGAACUUAAAAAGACGUCAAGGUAGUUAAUUAUUCUCCAAAAAUAGGAAAAAUGGAGAAGUAUUUUCAUGGAGUUUUAUGUGUGUUCAUCAUCACAUUUGCUUUUAUACAUGUUGUUCAGGCUCAAGAUCAAAAAGGAUUCAUCACUUUGGAUUGUGGUCUGUUACCUGAUGGGUCUUCAUAUACCAAUCCAUCUACUGGAUUAACAUUCACUUCGGAUUCUAGUUUCAUCGAGAGUGGACAGAACGGUCGAGUCAGUAAGGAUUCAGAGCGAAACUUCGAAAAGGCUUUUGUAACUCUGAGAUACUUUCCAGAUGGAGAACGGAACUGUUAUAACCUGAAGGUCACACAAGGAACAAAUUACUUGAUUAGAGCAUCUUUCUUAUAUGGAAAUUACGAUGGUCUUAAUACUCUCCCAAACUUUGAUCUAUUUAUUGGCCCUAAUAAGUUGACUACGGUGAAUUUUAAUGCAACCGGAGGUGGUGUGUUCGUGGAGAUCAUUCACAUGUCUAGGUUAAGCACUUUGGAUAUUUGUCUUGUUAAGACCGGAACAACUACGCCGAUGAUAUCAACCUUGGAGGUACGACCAUUGAGAAGUGAUACUUAUAUUAGUGCCAUUGGGAGCUCCUUGAACCUCUAUUUUAGAGGAUAUCUUAAAGAUUCAAGGAUCGUUUUACGGUACCCGGAUGAUCUCAACGACCGUAGGUGGUUCCCAUUCUCAUAUGAGGAGUGGACACUUGUAACUACCACUCUCAAUGUAAACACUUCAAAUGGUUUUGAUCUACCACAAGGUGCAAUGGCAUCGGCUGCAACCCGUGUGAAUGACAAUGGAACAUGGGAAUUUCCAUGGAGCUUAAAGGAUUCUACCACACAGUUUCACCUUUACCUUCACUUCGCAGAGCUUCAAACUUUGUUAGCCAACGAGACCAGGGAAUUCAAUGUUUUGCUGAAUGGAAAAAUUUAUUAUGGACCUUUUAGUCCUAAAAUGUUAAGUAUAGAUACUAUGAGCCCCCAACCCGAUUCGAAAUUGACAUGUAAAGGAGGGAGUUGCCUCUUGCAGCUAGUGAAAACAACAAAGUCAACUCUUCCUCCUCUCAUCAAUGCUAUUGAAAUAUAUACUGUUGUUGAGUUUCCUCAGUCAGAAACAAACCAAGAUGAAGUGCUUGCUAUGAAGAAGAUCCAAACUGCUUAUGGAUUGAGUAGAAUUAAUUGGCAAGGAGAUCCAUGUGUCCCCGAACAGUUUUUGUGGGCUGGUUUGAAAUGCAGCAACACUGAUAGUUCCAUUCCACCAACAAUCACUUUCUUAAACUUGUCUUCAAGUGGACUAACCGGAAUCAUUGCACCUUCCAUUCAGAAUUUGACCCAUUUACAAGAGUUGGAUUUGUCAAAUAACGACUUGGCCGGGGAUGUGCCCGAGUUUCUAGCUGACAUAAAAUCGCUCUUGAUCAUAAAUUUAAGUGGAAACAAUUUUAGUGGUCAACUUCCUCAAAAGCUUAUACAGAAGAAAGGAUUGAAAUUGAAUGUUGAAGGCAACCCUAAGCUUCUUUGUACAGAAGGACCAUGUGGAAACAAACAUGGAGAAGGUGGACAUCCCAAAAAGAGUAUAAUUGUACCGAUUGUCUCAUCAGUUGCUUUAAUAGCUGUUCUUAUAGCUGCAUCGGUUUUGUUUUUGGUUCUUAGAAAGAAAAAUCCAUCAAGGAGUAAAGAAAAUGAUAGAACUUCAAGAUCAUCCGAGCCACCAAGAAUAGCAAAAAAGAAAAGGUUUACUUACGCGGAAGUUACUGAAAUGACAAAUAACUUUAAAAAUGUUCUCGGGAAAGGAGGGUUCGGUAUGGUUUAUCAUGGAUAUGUAAAUGGUACUGAGCAAGUUGCUGUUAAAGUACUCUCACACGCUUCAAAACAUGGCCAUAAACAGUUCAAAGCAGAGGGAACCGCGGUGAUGAUGUUUUAAAGUGGGAGACUAGAUUACAAAUAGCAGUGGAGGCCGCACAAGGUUAAUAAAGCUUUAUGAACCUA